AUGGCUAGUCCUCCCGUUCUAGCUUUCGAUGCCGAGGGCCGUCCGGCACCUCUCGUGGCGACCCCCGCACCCCGUUCUUCGAGGGGUGUUCCCCUUCCCCCCUCCUCCCCUCUGUCGCCUCUGCUGCUGCUGUCGACCUUCUUGGUGCUGAGAAGGUUGGGACCGCGUCUGCUUCGAUGGGCGCCGCAGGAACAAGGAAGGGCAGGGGUGGGGGUGGUGGCGGAGGAGGUGGGGGUGGAGGCGGUGGGAGUGGAGGCGCGACUGGGGAGGCUAGUGGCGGCAGUGGGGGAGGAGACAGCAGCGGCGGGAGCGGUGGCAGGGGUGGAGGCGGCAGCGGAGGUGGAGGUGGUCGUGGCGGCUGCAGGGGGUGGAGGUGGCCGAGGCGGUGGUGGUGGCGGUGGUGGUCGUGGAGGCACUGGCGGAGGCCCGAUUUCCUGA